AUGCCAAAGGGGUUCAGAUAUCAGAUAUCAAAGAUAUUGCAAAGAACAUUGAUAUUGAAGACAAAGAACUCUGCGAACCUUGCCAUCUUGUCAAAGCAAAGAAUCAAAUAUCUCGCCGUCCCCAUAUACGAUCUAAACUACCCUUCGAACGACUCCAUGCAGAUAUUGUACAAGGACCUUCCUACUGCUACAACGGAGAAUGAUGGCUCAUACAUUUUGUGGAUUAAACGCCAAUUUGAUUGUGAAACAAAGAUCAUACGAAUCAACAAUGAGAGAGCUAUCAAAGAAUCUGAUAUCUUUAAGGACUGGGUAAUCGAGCUGGGCCUAGAGAUCGAAUACUCCUCGGAAUAUAUCCAUGAGCAGAACGGCGCUGCUGAACGGGCAGGUGCUAUCAUAACCACUAUAGCAAGAGCUCUUAGAAUAGAAUCCUUGUUGCCCCAAUCACUGUUCCCUGAGAUAGCAACCGCUGCCGUUUACUUACUGAAUAGGACCUCUACCAAGAUACUAGGAUGGAAAUCGCCACUCCGAGCACUAGAAGAAUAUCUUCAUAUUGACCACCAUUCUUGUGCUCACUUACAUGCCUACGGAUGUCGAGCAUACGCUAAGAUCCCCAAUGAGAUCCUCAAUCGAAAUCGAUCACAGAAGCUCGAUCCCAGAGCUCAUAUUGGAUAUCUUGUGGGAUAUGAUUCUACAAACAUCUUUAGGAUUUGGAUUCCUCACCUAGAUAGGGUGAUAAGGACAAGGGAUGUUAUAUUCAAUGAAAAUAGACGAUAUAACCCAGAUGAACCUCACAUCGAAAAACAGCUGCGAGAUUGGGUUGUUCAAGAGGUCGAGUUCUUGGAUAUUGAAGUACAAGAACCAAGGGUUGGCACUCCUCAACAAGAGAAUAAUCUAUGCUCAGAUAUCGAUAUCUUUCGUCCUGAUGAGAUCCCCCCGCAUACGGAGAACGUUGAUAAAGAUAAUGAAGAUAUCAAUGAGGCGCUGGAGGCGCAACUUAUGGCAGAUAUUCUAUCUACGCCGGAUUCUACCCCUGAACCUGAUUCUAACACUGCUAUCGAACCUGACCUUUCUAUUGAUAUUCAUCCGAUAUUAUCACACAAUCGAGUGCUUAGGGCGAAUGAGAUCAGUUCUGACUUCAACGAAUUCAAUAUAAUUGAGGUGAUUCCACUACAAUGGGUAUUCAUCUAUAAAUUUGAUGAUGAUGGUUAUCUCAUCAAGUUCAAAGCUCGUAUCUGUGUCUGA